CCUCCCUUCCCGGCGCGUUUGCGGGUAGACGGCUGGAAAAAGCAGACUUGCCACUGGAGUGGUUCUCUUCUUCCUCCCAGGCGCUGGAAAGGUUAAAACUCUCCUCCCUGCAGCCUUUCGGAAACCGGAGAAGGGGGCGGGGAAUAUCACAAGGGAAGCCCCCCCCCCUCUCCUUGGAGGGACUUUUUGUUUGGGAAAGGCUGCUGGAGAGCCGAGGGAGAAAUUCCCCAUGCAAGUCAAAAUGAUCUCCAGGGGAUGGACUUGGAUUGUUGGUGGCGGCCAACAGCUUUUUUGACUGCAAGUCUUUCUCAUCAGUCCUGAGGGGAUAUAAGAGGAAGAAGUUGGGCCUUUACCUCCUAGGUGCUUUUUCAGAAAGAUCAGGACUCAGCGAACACGGAAUUUCUGCCUCAAACUGAUCUGCCAGAGGGAUCUUAAUUUGCUCUUUAGUUCUGGAAUUUAAGUGAUAAGAUAAAUGGAGCAAAAUUCUUCAGGACCAGAACUGGGAAAAAGAACAAGAAAAAUGACCGGCGUAGCUCAGCUUGAAGAUAUGGUGGGACGACCUGGAUGGCGAAUGCUACAACACUGUAAAGAAGAGCAGUGCAAGGGACUGUGCCAACACUGGGAAGCCCAGUGGCAGGAGUUUCUGAGGGGGCUGGAUUCUCCUCACACAGUGCGGGGAAAGGAGCCUGGGCCAUGGGAGGAUGCCAAGGCCUUCUUGUCAUCCUUCGAGCAAGUGGCCCAAGCCUGCCAGUGGCCCAGAGAAGAGUGGGCAGUCCGACUCCUGCCAGCACUGAGUGGAGAAGCCCAGAAAGCCUUUGGCAGCCUGGAGGCCAAAGACAGAGAGGAUUAUGGGAAAGUGAAGGCAGCAAUUUUGUGCUGGGAAGUCAGCCGCACAGAAGCCCUGCGCCAGCACUUCCGGCAGUUCCGCUCCCGGGAGGUGGAAGACCCCCGGCGAAUUUACAGCCAGUUGCAGGAGCUUUGCCACCAGUGGCUGAGGCCAGAGAGGCACUCGAAGGAGCAGAUCCUGGAGCUGCUGAUCCUGGAGCAGUUCUUGGCCAUCCUGCCGCCAGAGCUGCAGAGCUGGAUCAGGGCUGGCGGCCCCGAGAAUUGCACUCAAGCUGCAGGCCUGGCAGAGGAUUUCCUGCUGAACCACCAAGGGUGGGCCAAAACCCGGAAAUGGCAGGGACCACUGCAAGAGCUCUGCCUGGGUUCCCUGGAUGCAGAGUUGAAGCCUCCAGACCCCGUGCAGAGACCUACCUGCAAAGACACCAAGCAAAACGGCAGCGGGACCAUCAGUUUGCCAGGCAGUGGACCCAAAUGCUCAAGUCUGUCCUGUUCAUUGCUGCCCCCUGAAGCCCAGGAAACAGCUAAAGGUGAACAGGAUGAGGCACCUGUAAACCUCAAGGAAACAGGUGUGUCUUUGGAUGAGGUGGAGGAGCUACUGACACAGCCAAAGCAAAGGACCAUAUUUUGGCAUGUCCUGCAAGAAGACAAUAGGAAUGCAGAUACUUUGGAGGGACGUUUGGUGCCCAAACCUGAUCUCACCCCCCAGUCAGAAAAAGAGGAAGGGACAUCUGUCCACUAUCUGGAGGAAAGAGAGAGACUCCCAGGCAAAGAUUCAGGUGAUCAAAAUAGAGGACGGGUGAAGGCAGAGAAUUCUCCCUGUGGAAGAAAUGAGCCAGAAGUAACACCUGGGUCGGACCCAGAGGUGACCCAAGGGAAUUUGCUGGUGCCCCAUGAGAUCCACAAGGAAACAUCUGUUAAGCAGAGGCUUCAGAAAAAGGGCACGGCGGUGAUGUCUGUCGGUCUUCACUCAGCUUCUGGUAUUUGGAGAUUUGCAGGUAUGGAGCCGGUGGCAAAAAUGAGGAGGGAACAAAUCCCGGCAGGCCCAAUGCUGCAGCAAAGAGAAGCAAUCCAGAUAGUUCAGCCCGAAGACAUGGCGCAGCAGCCUGAGCAGAGAAUAUGCCAAGAGCGAAGACCAGCACCAUACUGGGAAGCCCAACGGCAGGAUUUCCUGGGGGAGAUGGAUUCCCCUAAUGUGGAGUUGGGGAAGGAGCCAGGCCCCUGGGAGGACACCAAGGCCUUCCUGGCCUCCUUUGAGCAAGUGGCUGAGGCCUGCCAGUGGCCUCGGGAAGAGUGGGCGGCCCACUUCCUGCCAGCACUCAGUGGAGAGGCCCAGAAAGCCUUUAACAGCCUGGAAGCCAGAGACAGAGAGGAUUAUGGGAAGGUGAAGGUGGCCAUCUUGCGCUGGGAAGCCAACCGCAUGGAAACCCUGCGCCAGCACUUCCGGCAGUUCCGCUCGCGGGAAGUGGAAGACCCCCGACGGAUUUACAGCCAGCUGCAGGAGCUGUGCCGCCGGUGGCUGAAGCCAGAGAGGCAUUCGAAGGAGCAGAUCCUGGAGCUGCUGAUCCUGGAGCAGUUCCUGGCUAUCCUGCCGCCGGAGCUGCAGAGCUGGAUCAGGGCUGGCAGCCCCGAGAACUGCACCCAAGCCACGGCCCUGGUGAAUAUUUUCCUGCUGAGCCAGCAAGCAGCCAAAGCAGAGAAACGGCAGGGGCUCUUGCAGGAGGGCUGGCCGUGGUCCCGAAAAGCAGAAGAGAAGCCACUGGGAGCACAGAGAGCGAUCCACAAGGAAGCCAGACAGAGUGUCCAGCGGGAGAUGAAGUUACUCGGCAGGGAAACGAAAUGGCAAAGUUACUGCAGUUCACGGCUUCCUUCUGAAAAUCAGGAAAUAGUGGACCCACGGAAGACUGAGGGAAUGAUGGCUCUCAAGAAGACAGAUAGAUCAUUGACCAUGGCUGAGCAGGCUCUGAUUCAACCCAGCCAAAAGACCAUGUUCUGGCAAGUCCUGCUGGGAGAUGGUGGGGAUGUAGAGUCUUCAGAGAGGCUUUUAGUUCCCAGACCUGACCUUUCCUCCCUCCCAGGAAAAACGGAAAUGAUGUUUGUCCAGGUCCCAGAGAAAACAGAGAGACUCCUAGGCCAAGAUUUGGGUGAUAAAAGGAUAAAUCAGAUUAAAAAUCAGAUUAAAAAGGAGGACUUGCAAAUGGAAGAGGCAGGCCCAGAGGAAACACAAGAGGCGACACUGGAAGUAACUCACUGGAAUAUUCUGGGAAGAUACGAUAUUCACAAGCAGAGAUGGGAGUCCAGUUGGCCAGAGGAGAAGAAAUCAGUAGGGCGAGAGAAUGAAUUCAGCCAGCACGCCGAAAGCAUAAACAAAAUUAGUCCCAUCCACCGAGGGAGAAAGAAGCCCUUGUUUUCCAAGUACGGGAGAAAGUAUCGCUACAAGCCAGGAAUUGUCCUGAUCCGUCCUGGCGAGAAGCCCUUGGAAUACCCCACGUUGGGAGAAAGCUUCCAGCAGACAGGAUGCCUGGAUAAACAUCAGAGAAUCCAAAUAAGUGAGAAGAGAUACGAAAUCUCUGAGUACAGGAAAACAGAUAGCAUGGCUGGACAUCAGAGUAACCACAUGGGAGAGAGGCCUUAUCAGUGCCCCGACUGCGGGAGGCGCUUCAGUUGCAGGAUAUCACUAGAGAACCAUCGAGGCCUCCAUACAGAAGGCAGACCCUACGAGUGUUCUCAUUGUGGGAAGUGGUUCAGACACCGAACGACCUUGGGGAAGCAUCAGAAGCUUCAUACAGGAGAGAGAGCGCAUGAGUGCCUCGUGUGCGGGAAGCUUUUCAUUUCUAACGCAGCCCUUACCACUCACCAGAGAAUCCAUACCGGAGAGAAACCCUACCAAUGCCCUUCGUGCGAGAGAUCCUUCACUACGAAAGGAGAGUUAACGAGACACGAGAGAAUCCAUACCGGGGAGAGACCGUUCCAGUGUUUGGAGUGUGGGAAAGGUUUCAUGCGGAGAGAACAUUUGGUGACUCACCAAAGAACUCACACGCGAAAAACUGUUCAAAUGAGCUGAAUAAAUAAAGCUGCCUCAAGUAGAUGCUCCAGAGAGACUUAUAUAAAUAAUUCAGGUGUCCCAAGUGUGAGAGAAAUUUCUUUGGAUGGGAUGCAUUGUUGUGUCGUUAGAGAAUUCGUAGAGAAAGAUUAACGAUACUCUUGACGGUGGGAGCAGUAUUUGAUUGCACAUCAGUGGGUUCAUACACAGCAGGAAACUCAAGGCUGAGCCAAGUAUGGGGAAAACUCACAGGGGUACACUGGGUAGCUAUCACAAAAUCCAUAUAGGGCAUCAACAAAGCUUUUAGACCAUCAAAGUUCUCUUUUCUACAGAAAAUCUCCAGUAGUCAAUUUAUAUAUAACCUGACAAUCCAAAGGGCAGAGAAACCAUGCGUCUGCACCAUGUGUUUCUUACAUUUCAAGAAUAUUGGCAGACCCGAUCAAAAAGCAGAGAAACUCUCAGGUGCUCCCCCUCCCCUCCUGAUGUUAUCCCGUUACGUGUGUCACAAGUUGUGUUAUGCGUUUUGGCUGUUUUUCUGUUACUUGAAUUUUGAUAUAUUUUAAUCCCCCCCUCCCCCUCUGGGUUCAUGUUUAUAUUUUGAAAUCUUUGGGGAGACUCACUUUAAGGGGUUUUUUUGCAGGGAAAAUGAGCUGAGGAAAGGAGUUCUGCCCGCAGCCAAACUGAGUAAGGUAUAUGCAGAAUAAUAAAAAAUCCAAAAUGCUUUUCUGGA